AUGACCGAUGAAGAUCAAGAAUCGACUCCGCGAAGGCAUGAGUCACGGCUCGCCCGGCGCGAUGCAUCUCCCAUUGAUAGUCAAUCAUCAAGGCCACGGAAACAACGUCGGCUAGCCACCGAAGAGAGACAGCGUGCUGUACGGGCUUGCGACGGCUGUCGGAAAGUCAAGGAGAAAUGUGAAGGUGGUGUUCCAUGCCGCCGCUGUAGCCACUUUGGGAGGCCUUGUGAGUUCAAGGUCCUGCCCUCCAAAGUACCGGGCAUAGUAUCGCAACAGGGGAGUCUCGAAGCACCCGAAGUGCCUAUCGACGAGGUCCUCGAACGCUCCAGGUACUUGGAACGUAUCCUGAGGCACAAGCUCCCACAGUUUGAUCUCAGCACUCGGAAUCUUCGAGAUGAAGCUCAAGCUCUUGAUCCUAUGAGUGUCUCUCGCACUGCCUGUGCAGACCAACCAACAGGUCAGGAUGAAGGUGACCUUGAGAUCGAGGACGAGCGGGCCACGCUUGACCCUAUUACGGAAAACGUUGCUCAUUACUCCGGGGAGUUUUCGUACUGGAAUUUCUCUAUGCGGAUAAAAAAACACGUUAAUGCUCUAAUGCUAACUUCCGACGAUCAGACGUCUGCGGACCCACCUUACCACUCACGUGAAGCACUCCUUUCAGAAGCCCGCAAUCUCCUCGAGACGCUUUCCUGUGUUCCCCCUCGCCAAAUAGCGGAGUUUCUCGUUCAUGUUUUUUUCAAGCAUGCAGCUAUCAACUUUUUCUACGUUGAUAGGUCCUGGCUUAACGAUAAAAUUUCUCAGGUAUAUGACCGACCUUCGACACUGACUUCGAGGGAUGGUGCUACUGCGAGCAUUGUUCUGAUGAUCUUUGCCGUUGGUAGUCAAUAUGCCCAUCUGGAAUCUGUCGAUCGACAAGGUAGUGCCAAGGACUCGUGCGACCAUGAGGCUGGCAACAUGUUCUACCAACAUGCACUAAAACUGCUCCCUGAUAUUAUACAUCUAGGCUCUUUGGAAAGCGUGCAGGCUUGCCUUCUAUUUGGCCUAUAUGCACUUCCGCUCGAUGCUUCUGGACUUGCUUACGUCUAUUUGAACAUGGCAAUAAAACUGGCCAUGCAAAACGGUAUGCACAGGAACAUUCCGGGCAAUACAUUCAGUGCCACAAUCAAGGAAACAAGGAAUCGUGUAUGGUGGACGGCAUACUGCACAGAGAAGAAAAUCGGGAUUUUUCAUGGCCGCCCAUUGUCAGUGCUUCCUUCAGAUAUCGAUGCGGCUCUACCUCGAGAUGAUCGAGCAGACAUGUCUAGAAUCCCGCAUAUGCUAGUAUCAAUCCGACUCAUGGAUCGCCUCGGCGCGUUGUCGAACGAGAUCAUGCUGCUCCGGAAUUGUCAGAAGCACGAAGUUUCCGGCAUCCUCAAUCGAUUGGUCGCAAUGAAGGAUGACCUGAGGUCCUGGUGGGAAUCGCUACCGACAGGUCCAGCUGGCCAGAAAGUCUCACCUCAAUCACCACACUUUCGUCCCAACACCCAUCUUCAGCUGGAGUAUUGUCUGUUGCGCAUGUUUGCUGGAAGGCCUUUCCUUCUUACCCUUACGACAGCAAAUCCAAGCCCUCCUUCAACGACAGAGAGUCACAGUACUCCGCAUGCGACAAGGAGUUCGACAGGAAAAGCGCUGCCAAGCUCGAACUCAAAGGGUAGCUCGCGCACCUCUAUCCUCGUUGAUGACUGUGCUCAAGCCGCAAAGGAAGCGAUAGACAUAUGCGUAUAUCUUCGUUCAACUGGGGCCGGCCUUGCGCGAGCGUCCUACGUGGAAUACAGCUCCUGCCGAGCUUCACUACUGGUUUUAAUUGCCUACUGCAUACAGAACCAAACAGACGAGUUCUAUGACACUCUCGGAAAAGGACUAGACAUUAUCCGCGAGAUGUCGACGGUCGGUGAAUCGGCGAAGAGUGAAGUAUUUUUGAUCGAAUCUUUGGAGCAAGCACUGAAACGUUUGCAUUUCUUUCGAGAGAAGUCAAACCCCAACAAACAUCAAAGCCCUUUGAACCCUGCCUCUGGGUACGAGAACUUCAGGCAGUGGACAAGAAAUUCGACCACAAAGGAUAAUUCAGACAUCGCCACACAAGAUCCUUCGCCCCCAAGUCAAGAUCACCAAGGUCCUGGGAAGAGUUCGCCGUAUGCGAAUGCAAUGCUACCGAGCUCACGCUUGUCCCAUAUCAGCAAUGACCUCUGGCAGGAAAGUCACCCUUUCAGCAGCAACGAUGCUGAGCUUCAUGGACUGAACAAUCUGCAAUCUGCCGCUGGUUCCGCGUUUUUUGCGAUGGAAAACUAUGCUCCUGCUUUGGAUGGCUUCGUUCAUCCAGAAAGUCAACUACUGGAAAAUUUCUUGGCAAUUCCAGACUACGAAUUUCCUUUCCAAACGGAAUGA